GUUGGACGGCAUUGUACCGCCUUAUUGCUUUCUUGCUUUACAACGGUAAAACGGAAAAUAUAUUUAGAAGUUCUUGUUGAAGACCCACCAUAUACUAACGGUAAGGUUGAUUAACAUUUUAUUUUACUGAAAAUGUUGCUAUAUAGCCAAAGAUUCCUUCGUUUGCUGAGUACUUAGUAGCCAUUUAGCUUAAGCAGGCUUAAGCAUGCGUCUUGCAUUUGCACGAUGCAAUGAGGCGAUCAGAGUUCCAAAUAACAAUGCUUUAGACUAACUGAAGCUUCUAAACUCGUGCAUUUCAAAUCAUCAGCCAAACGUUAGAGGCCGGCGUGGCAAGUGCCACGUUUGUUUGUCAUUCUCCAACACGUGCAGGCAACGAGAAAAUAAUUGGUACUCAAAUCUGCUAGUACAGCCCUGAGCCCUGAGUGUUCAAUUAAUAAAAUUGAUAAUCGUGUUCGAUAACAAUUGAUAAUAUAAGUUUAUUAUAUUGGAAAUGAAUAAAAGCCAAAUAUUAAAGAAUUUUUGUGAGUAAUCGAUCAUCAUAAUAAUGGAAAUUUUAUUUGUGUUUUUGAAUGUACAAUUGUAAAUCUCGCUACGUAUAAAUGCUGCUUGAGAUUGGAUUAUUCAAAAAAAAAAAAAAAAAAAAAAAAAAAAAAAAUUAAAAAAAAAAAAAAGAAAAGAAAAGAAAAGAAAUCAAAAUUGCAUUAAGUCUGGGCUAUCCCAACUCCUAUUUCUACAACAAAAGAUGUAAUAUGUAGCUCUAAUGGCUAUAUUUAUCAUUUUCUUGAUUAUAUAAUAAUAAUAAUAAUAAUAAUAAUAAUAAUAAAUUAUUAGUAUUUAUUUUUUAUUUAGGAUUUUUAUUCAUUCAAAAUAUUUCCCCGAUUCUGAUUGGCUAAAAGCACACGCAUAAUUCACCAUAACCAGCUACUGAUGACCAAAUUUGGAAGAAUUUUGCGAUUAAUCAUUUGACAAGUGAUAUCGAUGACGUCAAAAGUACAGCUUCCUUGGUUGUGAAAACAAAAAUGGUAGACAUUUCACUCAUUUCUAGAGUAAGAACUAGGUGAAAUAAUAGCUAAAAACAUGGAAAGAACAGCAAGAAGACAACUCCAAGGGUGACAUCUGCUAUUUGGAGAAUAUUUGCAUAGCGUAACAACUCUAAACGUGCCCUAUCGAAGAUGAACUUAACAUUGAUGGAGGUAAGCAUGUUUCAGCUAUGUUUUUAAACUAGGAAUUAUUUUAAAUGAAUAAUAAAACAAUUAUUGAAUUCGACUUUCAUAUCGUAUGAAGAAUUAUGGAGAUCUCGGAGGGUGUUAUCCGCCUCGGCCUACGACCUUGAUGGAUAACACCCUCCUCGAUCUCCAUACAUGUAAUUCUUCAUAAGAUACUCAGCCUCAUUCAUUAAUUGUUAAUUAGCAAUUUUUGUCAAAAAAUGUUGAAUUUAUUGAUAUUACCAUGAAACAAAAAAAACCAGCAUGGAUCAAAAUCAACCAAAUUAUUACAACUUAUUUCUGUUGAGUGAUUAAUAAAAUCGCUAACAUAAUUAAGAGCCAUCAAUUAGUCAUUAGGUUUUCUGAUAUCAGUUCUUAGCAUUUAAACAUGCAGGGUAGUGUAAGAGUACCUACAGCUGGUCAAAAUUAUACUCACAUUAAAUUUUUCUAGCCUAGGUUGAUGCUUAAUUUCCCUUGUCUCCUAUUUCCUAUCUCCUAGCCCUAAGGCAUAAAUAAUAAAUUAAAUUCCUAGUGAAUUAAUGAUUAACUAUGUUGAAAAAUCUUCCCCUAUAAUUCAAUUUUGUCCUGCCACAUACCCACCCAUGGGGUAUAAACACUCACGUACAUGCACAACACUUCUGUAUUGGGUAUACAUGUAGGUGCAAAUGGUAAACCGUUCUUUAGGUUUUAUCAUGGGCAGAUUUAGAGGUGGGGCCAAAGGGACUGCGGCCACUGCAUUUUCCUUGAUGCACUGCAUUUUCUAUUUAUUUUAAGAAAAUUCUCAGUAAAAUAAAAAGUAUUGGCAAAUGUCCCAUCCAACUCAAUUUUAAUUUUUUGGAUCCACCCAUAUUUAUCUUGAGAUAAAAUUUAGCCUACCGUAACCUUAUUGUUUUUUGUUUAUGUCUUUUAAAAUCAUUAUUCCUUGUAUUCUUUUAUCUAAUCACCAGUUUUGUUUUAUUGCAGUAACUUUUGUAACAUUAAGCUCUAUCAUGUCGGUGAAACAAUCAUUCUUGGAUUUCCGUGUCACUCCAGAUGCCUCUGGAAAAUGGAUGAAACCAGCACAAGAGAAAAUCAGUGAAAUUAUCAAAGCUACCUUCCAAGCCAAUAAUUGCUUUAGUACUUCUUCUAUUACACUGUUUACUGGUGUAAAUGACGUGUGAGUGAUUAUUUCUAUACAUUUACCCUACCAUUAAAAUUGCAUAGAACUUUCUUACUAUUAUUGUUUUCUUUAAUCACAGAGAGUGUACCCUUCGAUUAUUUCCAGAUGGUCUCAUAACAUUAGAUAUUAUUCAGUACAUCAAAGAUGUCAGUGAAGAAAAACUACUCUGUCGACAGGUAAUUCUUUGUUACAUUUCUUGGCGACUUAACUGACAAACAGUCUGCAGUUGGAAUUCUUGCUUGUUACAGUGUGUUUUUUUAAAUAUUUGUUUCUGUCCAUAGCCACAAUGGAAACUAACAGAUCACCGGUUAAACCAUGAUACCCCUAUAAGGUCAACAUUUCUUCCUCCCUCCACCCCCCUUACAAUGCCUUUUUAAAAAAUCCAAUACAUGAAGCACAAAAUAGCAGUGCAAUAAAAUCACCUGGACCCCCAAAUUCAACUUGAGUGAAGAUUAAAUGUCACAGGCUACUUAUAGAAGUUAUAAAACACAUAGUAUUCUUAUCAAUGCCAUUAAGAAUACAACUACAUGAAUUUUUAUUUCAUUUUUUCAUUGCUCACAGUUGAGUGAAUUUAUUUUCACAGGAUUACACUGACCUUAAAGACAAGGUUGAAGAAGCCUUGUCUUGUGUGAAAGCAGAUUUUAUUCCUACCAUUUGUAGAGGACGGGACAUUCUAUGCUAUCAUGACACAUCAGAUGGCCAAUUUAAGGAGUAUGAUUUUGACAAGUUAGUAUUGCUGGUUUUCACAGUCAUACCAUCAAAAAUCAAAAUCUAAAUCGUUCAAUAGGUAAAGCCAAGAAUCUGGUAGGAUUAAUAAUUAUGCAAACAGCGUACAGUAAAGCCAAGAUUAAGGUCCCCGCAAAUUUUCAUCUGCAAGAUACUCUGAGAAAUCAAAUGUUCUGCCCAAAUUUUUAGGCCUUUGUCCGGAGAUGCCAUUUUUGUAUCUAUUUACGGGCCAUCGAUACACCAUCUGUAAACCAACAGAAGCAUGUCAUUUAGUUUUGCUACAUGUGUGGAAGCAUGAGUACAUCUCUUAUAGUGUAACUCUAAUUAAACCCCUUGAAGAUCCCCAUACAAAAUCUCCAGACUAAUUGCAGUGGCGGAUCCAGGGGAAGGGCCCCCCCCCCUUAAUUUUAGACCAAACUGAGGCCCAAAAAAUUUUUUUGAGACCACCUGCCCAUCUCAGGGUCUGGAUGACCGCACCCCCUCCCCCUCCCACCCCCUUAUCUAAAGGUCUGGAUCUGCCCCUGGAUUGAUCUCCGUUCAUUUCAUUCAAGUGUAUGUUGAAAGAUCAAAUUAUGUUCUCUUUGGUGAUCAUUUUAUUAAUUCUUGUAAUCUGUCUACAUGAUUAUGUUACAUACAUUAUAUUGAUAUUACAAAGUAUGUCAUGUGUAUGUUGGUCAUUCUUGGGACUUAAAGGUUAAGUAUGAUGAAAAAUACAUUUUCUAACACAAGGGCUGUUCACAUACUAAGAAAAAUAUAUCAAAAGAAUCAUGUAUACAUGACAGCUUUCUUGGCCACCAUUUAUAUCUAAUAUUCUGCAUCAUGAAGAAGCUUAGGAAUUUAAGCAUACUUUCAGUUCACAAAAUGAAAAACCCAUUUGAACAGAAAAUUUGUAAAGAUCCCAUCAUGCAACAUAUUUGCUAUAUUUGCUGAGCAACGAAUGUUGCGUGCAGAUGUUGAGGGGAAGGGGGCUUAAGUUUCUUCUCCAGGAAAGGAGAGGGGUUAAAUUAGAGGGAGAAUUUACUUGCAAUACAGGAUUUAUGGUACAUGCAAGUAGCUGCUUAUGACCUUGUUUUCCCCUCCCUUGUCUUGUAAUUACAGGGAAGUAUUCAGACACAAAUCACAAUAUCAGGAUAUCUGGAUAGUGCAUUCUAAUCGUUUUGGAAACAUGCUAUUUCUGGAUCUCAAUGAGAGUAAGUGGAAUUGAGCCUUGCAGUAAGUAGACAUUCAUCUGUUUUUUUAAAUAACAAAAUCUUGCACUGUGAACAAAGUUUUCUGCUCUGAAACAGCUGCUUAAAAGAAGGAAGAAUGCUAUUUAUAUCUUGUUACAAUUUAUAUUGAGCAUAUGCAAUUGUCUGGAGUAUUAUUUUCCUCCCUAUGGUUGUGUUCCUUUAGGAUGAUCGGGAUUAGGAUCAGUGAUCCAAGAUCUCGUAGAUCAUGGUACAUUUACAUGUACAUGAAAUAUGUACCUACUGUUAAUUCAGAUCUUACUCUUUGGCUGUAAAUUGAUCAGAGAAACAGGGACAGUGUGAACCAAGAGAAUUGAAGGCUAUUAUUAAGCCCUUACUAAUUUUAUUCUGUAAGGUGCAUUGGAUGUUUUUGCAAGGUGCAGGGCAAGCUGCGAAUAAAAAUUAUUGUAAAUACAUGUAGUCUAAUAAACGUCAGGGGUGUCUAUUUAAUUUGUUGAGCCUAAGUUGGGGCAUUCAAUACAUGUAGAUAGGAGGCAUUUAAAAAAUAGAAGCAGUUGUUCUAAUAGUUGUAGAAAAAAUCUCAAAAAUAAUUUGCUUUGAAAACUAUAUUACAACAAACAGAAUGAACUUCCACCUAACAACACUUUAUUUAGUCCAUCCAUUGAUAUGUUUAGGCCGUUUGGAGAUCCAUAACAUUUUUUAAAGCUUGACUCCAGUGUCAGAAUCCUUUCUUUGAACUAUUUCGCUAUGUCCUAGUAUUUUGGAGCAAGAGUGAUCAUUAUUGUUAAAGAAAUGGCUCUUUCUUGUAUUGUUUUUCCUAUUUGUACCUUUACCUGUCCUGUGCUUUAAGUGACUGACCUUACUUGUCUUCACAGUGAUAGCAGAAGGAGAUAUUGUUUACACAAAAGCACUGCUUGGAAAUGGCAGAGAAAACUACAAAGAUAAAGAAAUACUCAUUUUAGGAGGAGGAGAUGGCGGGGUACUGCAUGAGCUACUGAAGGAAUCCCCAAAAUUUGUCACCAUGGUCGAGAUAUCCUUGAAAAACUGUUGCAAGUUAGAAGUGCCUGCAAGAAGGUUAACACAAUAUCUGACACGUGAAUUAUCACUAAGUUUUGAUUUAAGUAUGAAUACACUCAAACACCCCGAUAUUAAUUAAAACAUGGGUCAUAUAUUUAGUUAAAAAGGACAUCCAAACACUAAAGGCCGGUUAUUUAAACGGAGUUCGACGAGUGUUUAACUACACCCCUGCCCAUGUUUCCACUUAUGACCUGAAAUACUAGCUAAUAAAACAACAACAAAAAAAUGCGGAGCAAUUUAGGUUUCUAGAAGACUGACCACCUACCCCUCCUCUAAGUCAACAUUAGGGAGCUUUAGCAUCGACGACGGCAACGGCAGCGAAAACGUCAGUUUUAAAAUGAAUUCCCGUUUUUUCAAUCUUUGUCGCGUUUAUUCCAAUUUGCUNUUAGGUUUCUAGAAGACUGACCACCUACCCCUCCUCUAAGUCAACAUUAGGGAGCUUUAGCAUCGACGACGGCAACGGCAGCGAAAACGUCAGUUUUAAAAUGAAUUCCCGUUUUUUCAAUCUUUGUCGCGUUUAUUCCAAUUUGCUGAAAAUGGCAAAUGUAGGCGGAUUUCCCUGGAGUCGAUUUCUAGAGGACCGCACUCAAAUUUAGAGAGAGAAAAAGAGAUUCGUCGUCGUUUGUUUACGUCCUCCAUAAAACUUGCAAUUAGGCAUUUUGACGUCGUACUCGUGCAAGGACGGUAGAGAAAUGUACAAAAAAGUGUGAUGCACGUGGAAAGUUGUUGUUUUGCGUAAUAAAUCUAUUGCUUUUUUGACGUCCUAGUUCCCGUCGCCGUCGUCGUUGCUAAAGCUCCCUACACAACACUUACCUCUCACUUAGGGCAAAAUGUUGCGGUCAGGGGAGGGUUCGGUGGGCAGUUUCCCAGAAAUCUAAAUUGAUCCAAAAAAUUAAUGCCUUAGACGUUUAGACCACGUUAGAGACUUAUAGUCGAAUUGAACUCGUUACUCACAAUUUUCGAAAUGGUCAGUCUUUAUACUGUGGGAAAGUUACUUUGUAAUCUCAUAAAUAAAUGUAUCAAGAUCCUCGUAGUUAAGGUCGCAGGUUAUAGACCCAAUGCAAAAAUGGCCACAGUAAUUCAUAUUCUUUUGUUCGUAUUCAAAUUAGCCUAAAAAAAAGAAUACCUUGUCUUAAAGCGAGUCUUGUCAGGCUGAUCUUAAUUUAAACAAAGAAUAUUAAUCCAGCAGCCAUUUUGGCAUUUGGUCCAUGCAGUUGCGAAAAGAAGGCCUGGAAAACUUUAGGCUUGCCGGGAUUCAAACCCUGACUUCUGUGAUACUGACUGGUGCAGCGUUCUAACCAACUGAGCUAGCAAGACAACUGCAUACACCCGGGAAAGGUGAAGAUGAAAUAAUGAAUAUUAAAUUUAAUAUUCAGUAUUUAAGUAUCUCAGGCGAUAAAGCCCCAUUUUUUCCUAAGAAAAUGUUUAAUUCUUGCCGACAAUUACCGAUUAACUCAUGUUCCUGAUUUCCCUUAACGUGCCAUUACAUAGAUAAAGUUGUUGUCGAAGCUUCAGCGGAGCACUUGCGAGGGGUUUGCGGCGACACGUUAGAUUCGUAUACAGGAACCAACUAUGAAGUGAGUAUUAACUAAACUUACUGAAUUUAAAGUGUCUCUGAUCUAGUGUUGUAAAGCUGCAAUAAAAACCAACUGGCCAAUUAACAGAAAAAAAAAACAUUAAUAGAAAGUAUAAAUAACACAACAAAAUACAAAAGGAGGCGCGAUAGAACAAACUUGAAGAAGAUUAAAACGGAUUGCAAUUGUGGUUUUUUGAAAACUUGUUAGCCUAACAGUUUUUCAAAGUUCAUUUUUGUUGUUUGUAACGAUUGAUAUAAUUCUUGGGAGGCAUAUUUCUUUGGCGCGAAGCUGUGAUUUUAAGCAAACAAGGACGUGUAGUUGAUGACAGACCCUUUACUGAAGUGGUAGUCAAAGUACCAGUGAAAACUGCGUACCGUUACAACGGAUCAAAGAAAACCAAAAUAUGGGAAUAGAUGUAUCUAUUAACCGGAUUUUUUAAUGAACGUUACCGCCAAAUAGACCGCCUCUUCCGUCAAGCAGUUUUUCUUCGAAGUUUUCUUUUCUCCAAAGUAGCUCAGUCAUAGCUAGUGAGAGAAGCGUACAUUAACGUUAAUAUUCGUGGGAACAUUGCAGAUUUGUAGAAAGGAUGUUAGACUAUUAAACUAGUAAUAACCAAAGGUUGGGAAGUGUGGGCGACAACGAUAGGAGGUCCAAACGCUUUUGUUUCAACGCUGUGAUCAGAAGACGAGAGGUACAAGGUCGAUGCGCACGUGAUCAAAUUGCGUUUCGUGCAUUACAUACAUUCUUAGUGGAAGUCCAAACGAAUGCUGGCUACAUACAUGCGAUGCAUGCGUAAUAACAACCUGGCGAUUAGGAUUGCAGGCUCCUCUUGGACAUCGCCCGCAGUAACUAGUAGUAAUCAUAGAUCAAUGUAUGCGUUCACGUUUUCUUCGAUUUACCAUGAAACAUUAUCUUGCUGAAAUGGUCACCUUACAGUGUAAUCACCCUGAGAGAAAAUCAAUACAGUGUACCACAGGAUUGCCAAGAAUAGGAAUUGCGUUCUCCUUACGUCGAACGCAACUAGGGGAGGUGCCUCGCGCUUGUGUAACGUAGAGCAUUCAAGAGCUCUCUCAAAAAACCUAGUUUGAUUUUGAGCUUACAGCGCAAUCUUAUAUACUACUUAUGGUACAGGUCAGGAUUGAUGAUUGUAUAAAGGCACUCAAGGAGUACGUGGAACUGGGAAAGACAUUUGAUUAUGUGAUCAAUGAUCUGACAGACAUACCGAUAAAUGUCUCUUUACAAGGUGAGUGCAACAUUUAA